CCGCGAUUGAUUCUUUUGGGAGCGACUGCGCCGACUUGCUCCUUUCACCAUCCCCACAUCCAACCAUCCGAAUUUAUUGUCGCUCCUUUCUGGACGAGCCUUUCCGAGCCGCGAUUUUGCGACGGUCUACGGCGAAGCAGAUACAUCCAUGUCAGGUGCGGCUUGAUAAUUUGCCAAAGUGGCAUCCUCCGCGAUGGCAGCAGCUGUCGCGAACGUCCCACCUGCCGCUGCCGACCAGCAUGCAGAAGGCGACGUCCAGAUGGCCGAUGCGCCGGCCGCCACCCAUCCUCCCAAGUUCAAGGCAUCCGAGUUGCCGCUCACCUCGGCGACCCGCACCGCCAUCGAUGGACUUGCCCACGCCUUUAAGAAAAAGGGAGGCUAUGACGCGACGCGCAAACAGGUUUGGGAUACGUUCGAGGCAAGUGAUCAGCGGGAGCAGAUCACAAAGGCGAUGCUCGAGGUCGCCGAGGAGGAAAUCGAACGGAACCCAACUCAACUGCUGACACUCGACCGUGGCAAAGCUGUCGCUCUUAUCGACGGAGCGCUAGACCGGACUGGUGUCUACAGGAAAGCUGAAGUCCUCCUCGAAAGUCUCAUCGAUGUCGGCGCAAUUGAACAGCAGAUCCGCGAACUUCGAAAGGCAGAGAUUGGCGAGGAGGCUGCAGAAGAAGAACGCAUACACGGCGCGAAGACGGAUGAGGAGUACGCUGCCGAGAUUGGUGCCAGACGGGCCGAGCGUGAUAAGAAAUAUGCCGACCUGAAGGCCAUGGAGGAAGAGAUCGCCCGUCAGCGCAGAGAAAUCGCCGAGAGGGAGGAGCGCGCCGAACAGAAGAAACGCGAGGCCGAGAGAGCUGCAAGGGAGGCGAAGCGAAAAGAAGAGCGCGAGAAAGAACGGGAGAGGGAGAAGGAGCGCGAACGAGAGCGCGAACGAGAGCGCGAACGAGAGCGUGAACGAGAACGUGAAAAGAGGGAUCGGGACAGAGAGCGAGACCGCGACCGAGAAAGGGACCGCGACCGAGACCGGGACAGGGACCGCGAUAGGGACAGGGACCGCGACCGGAGCCGGGAGAGGAUUCGGGACCACCGCGACAGAGACCGUGACAGGGACAGGGAGCGAAGUCGGGAUCGGGAUCGCCGUGACAGAGCUCGGUCAAGAGCACGCUCACGAGAUCAUUCACGCAACCGCUCUAGGGAUCGACACCGACGGCGUCGGAGCCCAAGAGAGGAGAGCCGCGGCCGCCAGGAAGGAGCCAAGAAGGAAUUAUCAAAGGAGGAGAUGUCUCGCCUCGAAGAAGAGGCUUUGGCUGACCUACUCCGGGACAGCAAACGGGUCGCUUCUAAGCAGCCUGAACUGGAGGUUGACGAGGAAUUGAAGCCACCGCCUCGCAAAAUCAAGCCGGCGUCUGCGAUCAACCCUAUCCGAAAGACAGCACCAAAAGUGACGGAGGUGAAAAAGGUCCCUGAGGCGCCGCCGACCAAGUCCAAACCCGAGACGCCCUCAGUGGUGAAAGAUGAGAAGCCUCUGAAGGAAAGCAAACCGGCAGACGCGGACAAGGUGCCCAAGGAUGCCAAGCCUAAGGAAGAGAAGCAGAAUGCUUCCGCAUCUACAAAAGAUCGACCACCGUCUCGCCGCAAGUCGCGUUCUCCACCCCCUACUGCGGCAUCGCGGGACACUCGUGGCAGGAGCCGUCAUCGAACACCGAGUCCCAAAGCGAGAACAUCGUCGCUGAAGGACGACCCGCGAAAGGACUCUCACCGCGACUCCUCUCCACCGAGUCGCCGAGAUGCAGAAGACAAAGACCGUGUCUCUGACUCUCGGCGCCGCCGCGAUAGAUCCACCUCACGCGAUAAAAGGAAUGCUGAGGAUGCCAAGGCCCCGAGAGAGGGGAGGGAUGCGCGACGUGACCGCAGUCGCAGCCGCGAUCGCCAGCCUCGGAGAUCACGAAGCAGAUCAGUCCGACGACGCCGGUCGAGGAGUCGGUCGGUUAAGAGAGAUGACAGGAGACGAACUCGCAGCCCCUCGCGCCAGCGUGGCGACCACUACUCAUCUUACAGGCGAUCAAGGUCGCCAAGGAGACGGAGCCCUUAUCGAGCAGAUCAACGUGACUCGGUCAGACGGAGACGGUCGCGAUCUGAAUCCCGCCCGCGACACCGUUCAAGGUCGAGGGUCCGAGCCAGAUCUCGCUCAAGAUCAAGGAGGAGAGAUCGUUCGCGAUCUGUCCGAAAGAGGUCGAAGAGUGCGGAUAGGACGAGAAAGCGAUCUAGGUCCAAGGAAAGCCGUCUCGACCGCCCUCCAGCAUACCUCGACAAGGAGGAGAAAGAAGCCUGGAAGCAAGACGAGGUCAAGAAGCGAGAGCGUGAGGCGAAGGCAUACCUCGCGGCACAGAAGGAAGCGCGCGAGAAGGGUAAGCCUGUACCCGGCAUUGACUUCGAGGUGGAUGACGAGCGUGGCGAGCGUUCUGAGCGGUCUCCCGACGUCAGACGGCGUGCUCCCGAAGACAUCGAUCGCUAUGUGCCGCCAGCGCGGGUCGAUUCGCACAGGCCAGAUCGCGACCGCGACCGCGACAAGGAGCGGGACCGGGCCAAGGAUGAUAGGCGAGACAGCCGUCGUGAUUCCGUUAUACAUCGGGACUCCAUCAUUCGCCGCGACCGCAGCGCCUCGACUACCACCCGGCGCCGCAGUCGAGAACGUGAGCGCUCAAGAGACCGGGCCAAGGACAGACGACGCAGCCGGUCCCCCCGCAGCCGGAGUCGGCCUCGCCACCGAGUGCGGGACGACUCUCGUGACCGCGAUCGGGACCGGGCUCGAGAACAUGACAGGGAUCGGGACCGUGAUAGGGACAGGGAUCGGGACCGUGAUAGAGAUCGCGAGAGGGACCGUGACAGGGACCGAGACCGCGAUCGAGAUCGGGACCGGGACCGGGACAGAGGCAGGGACCGAGAUCGAGAAAGGGACAGAGCCAGAGAUCGCUCACCGCGCCGUGACCGUCGGGACCGCAGCUCAAGUCGACGCCGUUAGCAGCGGCAUCCACUCGAGAGCAAGGUCAAGCGGGAGCCAGCCGAGAACGAAGGGCUCGCCCCUGAGACCCGUUCGUCCGCCCCCACGUCCGCAGCCUUGUCACGGUCUGCCCAGCCAGUCUCGCGGGAGUGCAAGAAAGAGGUGAGCUUCAAGAUCCCCAACAGGCCUAAACCCCUCCUGCAGCCGGUGGCUGACAGUGACGGUGGGCUGUGGGCAUCUCAGAGCCGAUCGGGGUCUCAUAGUCGCGUCCCGAGCGUCUUCCGGUCGCCUGUCAUGCAGACCCCUACUGAACCGUUACAAAUGAGGCGCCUGAGAGAACAACGCGGUCCGAGGGUGGGAGUGGCUUCGCAGUAUUCGAAACCCCGACCGUGAAUGCUCGAGAGAGACAUGGGCGGCGGUAGGCCUUAGAGGCAGGCCAGUUUCUGAUGAGGCAUGCUCUGCAAAAGGAGCAAUACAAGUUUAGUCUUAACCUACAGUCUCAACGUAUUUUUAUGAGUGUAGUGCACGAGAUCAUGAUGCACCGAGGAUGGAGCUCUCUCGACCAAACGGCCUCCUUUAUGUAUCACCAGUUGUAUAUGGUAGCCAGGCAUUCAUAACAUAACAUGAGGAUGAUGCCCAUCAUAAGGUCACUGGGUUUGGCUCAGG